CAUAUAUUAUAAUCAGUCAUCACUGCCAUUAAACGCAUGGAGGGCGUUUCAGUUAUUCUAAAAAAAUAGUGCUUAAAAGACGGGAAGACAUCGCUAAUUUCCAUUAGAUUAUCAUAAUUGUAGAUGAAGCAAUAAUUUCGCAAUGUUUUCCACGCUCCCAAGAUCAUUGUUACACAACACAAGCUCAUGUGUUUCCAACAGAGUGCUUGCACUAGCCCUAGCGAAAUGCCCUGCCAUCGGCGACUGUUCCUCCCUGACCAGGGCCCAUCACGAGGUCACCGGGGACAUAUUGUGCCCCAACAUGGUUCGAGGAAUAGAUCAUCUAAAAGACCCUCGUCUUAACAAGGGCCUCGCCUUCACGUUAGAAGAACGGCAAUAUCUCGGCAUCCAUGGCCUCUUAGCUGCCAAGUUCAAAACGCAAGAAGAACAACUGGAUAUCUGCAGGAUUUCUAUAGACAGAUACGAAGACAAUUUGAACAAAUACCUCUACCUCGUCGAGUUACAGGACAGGAAUGAGAAGCUGUUCUUCAGACUUCUCUCGGAAAACGUUGAGAAAUACCUGCCGAUUGUCUAUACACCGACCGUGGGCUUAGCUUGCCAGAGGUUUGGCCUCAUCUACAGAAGACCUAGAGGUCUGUUUAUUACAAUCAACGAUAAAGGACAUAUUUUCAACAUCCUUAAAAACUGGCCGGAACCAGACGUGAGAGCCAUUGUAUUCACAGACGGUGAAAGAAUCUUAGGUCUCGGUGACCUUGGAGCUUACGGCAUGGGCAUUCCUGUGGGCAAGCUGUCACUUUACACUGCCCUGGCGGGCAUUAAACCUCACCAGUGCUUGCCUAUCACGUUGGACGUUGGAACUAAUAACCAGGACCUCCUAGAAGACCCUCUUUACAUCGGUCUGAGGCAGAAACGUGUACGUGGCAAGGAAUAUGACGAUUUUAUCGACGAAUUCAUGGAAGCCUGUGUCCAGAAAUACGGACAAAAUACUUUGCUGCAGUUUGAAGACUUCGCCCUUCUGAACGCAGGGCGCUUGCUGGAGAAGUACCGCAACAAGUACUGCACGUUCAACGACGACAUCCAAGGCACGGCGAGCGUGGCUGUUGCGGGUCUUAUGGCCGCCGUGCGCGUCACCAAGCGCAAGCUCAGCGAGAAUAUCUAUAUGUUCCUUGGCGCUGGCUCUGCCGCCAACGGCAUCGCAAACUUGACCGUCGCCGCGAUGAUGCAAGAAGGGCUGUCGGAGCAGCAGGCGCGCGACCGCGUGUACAUGUUCGACAUCGACGGGCUGCUGUCCACGAAGCGCGAGGGCGGAGUGCCGACUCACGCGACCGCGUUCGGCAAGAAUAUCGAGCCGGAGAAGGACUUCGCGGCCGCUGUCGCUAAGAUCAAGCCUAGCUGUCUUAUCGGCUGCUCGACGGUGGGCGGGGCGUUCACGACGGAGAUUCUGAAGCAGAUGGCGAAGAACACCGACAGGCCAGUCAUAUUCGCGCUUUCCAACCCCACGAGCAAAGCGGAGUGCACUGCGCAGGCCGCUUAUGACCAUACUGAUGGUAAAUGCGUGUUUGCGUCCGGCUCGCCGUUCCCACCAGUGAAGUUCGGCAACAAGGAGUACCUCACGGGGCAGGGCAACAACUCGUACAUCUUCCCAGGCGUAGCGCUCGGAGUCAUCGCCACGCAGACGCACCACAUCCCCGAGGCUAUGUUCCUCACCGCUGCCAGGACUCUAGCUAACUUCGUUAGUGACGAGGAUUUGAGCCUUGGCCGUAUUUAUCCGCCGCUGUCCCAAGUGAAAGAAGUAUCUCUUAAGAUCGCAAUUGAAGUCGCCAAGAUGGCUUACGAUGAAGGUUUAGCGUCAUUGUAUCCAGAACCAAAAGACCUCUCCAAACAUGUCGAAACCCAAAUCUACGAUUUUAACUACGAGAGCUCCAUGCCGGAAGUGUGGCAGUGGAAACCCGAAGAAACCUUCAACGUACGACCUAUCCAACCCGUUCCCAAAAACAUCUAAACACGGUAAACAUGUUAAAAACUGGCCGGUUUACUUGUCAUCUCUAACGCAUUUCUCUCACUUUUCAGUAACAUGUUUCGCAUGAGCAUAAAGUAAUAAUAAGACAAUAGCGAAUCAAUAAUGCAAAUGCGGUACGUAUACCCAAUGACUUACAUGAAAAGUAUUACCCAUUUACUAAUUUGAAAAGGUACCCAGUACAAGUAACCUUUAUAUGUAAGUAUUUAUUUUCAAGUAGUAAACUAGUUGUUCCUAUGUAUACUAGCACUUGCAGAAGUUUGUAGUAUUAGGUAAAAAAAGUUCAAAUAUGUGUAUUUAUAUUCACGGUAUCGUGAUGCCUUUCUAAGCUACGUCUUCCAACUAGCGCGCUACUAGUUAAGUAAUUGAUCCAAGUUAAUAAGAUGUAUAAUGGUCCGUUUUGUGUCACGCUGUGCAUUAGUUACGAUCCUGAAGACACGAUUACCUCUGACUCCGACUAAUAAAAAAUUAAAGAUAUGCCUAACGCUGCUCAAACAUAGUAGGAACUUUUACUGUGGCGUGGUGUUACGAGUUAAAUAUGGCUUUAUGUUGUCGUUUUCGGCACGAUAAUCUUGACCAUAAUUGGACUAAAGGCAUUUUUAAUCGCGGUAACCUUACUUUUCGGUAUAAAUACCGCGAAGGGCGCAUUUAAGUAUGUUACAAAUCAAACACAUUAAACAUAAACAGAGUUUCAUUUGUAGUAACGCGCUAGAUGGGAGUCGUACCAGCUUCGAUAACGACGAUAACACAUAAAUAUUAUUAAACAAUACAUAGUAUUUAGUAUUUCAUGUUCAUAGUUGAAAUCGGAUGUAGAAUUUAUUCUUGUUUUAUUUUAAACUAAAUGGAAUGUUAUUGAAUAUUUAUUAAGUACCUAUUAACUAUCACGUUUGUAAAUCCAUUAACAAUAUUUGAAUGUGUGUAAUUGUAUAAACUUUACGAUUAUGUGACGUACGUAAUUAUUUCAUCGUUAAAAUACAUUUCAUUCUGAUGAAUGUUGUGAGCGUUAUGAAAACAAUAGGCAAUACAUAGUAAAUUAUGACCUUAAAAAGAAAACUCUAGUCACUGCAGCAUAAAAGUGUCGUGAAAUAAUCAGGUCGUCAUGUGUUUAAUGCAUUUUGUUAUUAUUGCUACAAGUUUCGUCAAAAGGAAAUAUUUAAGUUUCCUUAUUCAGUGCUAGGUAUAUCUGGUAGCGACGACAUAAGUAACAGUUUUAUUAGCAAAUAUCACACAGCAUUCGUUCGUAAAUGUCAUUAUCAAGGUCUCAUUUAAUAGAAAACGUAAUACCUGUCUUAUACAAGACUGUCUUGUAUAAGAAUACUCAUGCAUGCAGUCACCACACGGGAUUAUUAUGCCAUUUAGAGCUCUUGCUAAAUUGAAAAUUGUAUAGCGUAAGUAUUUAACAACCGAUUUAGCUAGGACCCUAAAUGGUGCAACAAUCGCGGAGCGUUAUGGUACGAUGAUAAUGAUUAGGUAUUAUCAAACCUAAGAAUAAAUAUAGCUAUCACCGAAAUAAUGUCAUCAUAAAUAUCUACAAUUUAUGUUAUAUUUGUGUCGACUCAGUGCCUAAAUGGUAAAAUAUAAGUAUUUACCGGUAUUGACAUCAAAACAAAUACAAAUAAUCGUAUUUUUUUUUAGUUUUUCUUAAACGUUUUCUGUCUGGUGGGACCUAUAUUAAACACUAAUGAAAUAAUGCACUGAAUUGUCUCCACUACUCGAACGCGUUGUUAUUAUUUAUUAUUUUACAUAUUAUUAUCUUUACCUACUUAUGUUUAAUUUACCUAUUUAUUUAUUUAUUCGGUUAAAUAGAUUUACUAUUUAGGUAUCCAAAGUUUGCCUUACUGAAAAUCAGUGUUACAAGUAUAUCAAGUAUACCAAGACGCAUAAUAUGUAAGUGAUACAAUACCUUUAUCCAAAAGCAAACACACAAGUGGUCUCAAUAUUAUAACAAAAAAAGUGUUUCAAUGUUAAAGUGUCAUACACAAUCAUGUUAAGCAAGGAAUAUCAUCAAUAUCAUCAUCAUCAUAUAAGUAGUCAUCUACUAAGUUAGCCUCAUUUUUCCUACUUCCGUUUUUGCUAUUUAGUUUUCAUGAACGUAUUCGAGUAGUGAACCUAAUUGCUACGUACGAAAAUACAUUAUAACAAUAGUUAUACACGUAAUGUAUAGAGUAAAUUCAUGUUAGUUUUAAAAACUACGAAUCUGAUUUCGUUUAGUAUUAUUUUUUAUGUUCAGUAUUUGACAACAGUGAGACUUGUUCUUCGCAGGGCGAAACAUUUACCUCUUUAACGUAUUUGUAAGUAUUACAAUGUCAUAAUUUAUUUUUAAUUAGGUUCGUAUCUGUCGAUACAAAGUGAUAUGUUGCUGUGACGAUGUAUGAUAAAAUUAUGUAACUGUACGUCUUUCUAGAAUUUGUUUUGCAUCGACGACGGUUUGCAAUUGAUAUCAAGGAAUUAAAAUCAAAAAAAUAUUUCAUUAACGGGGGUGAAGCUAGCCAAUAUAUAGGCAACAUUCACUUGUUUUUACGUCAAUUAAUCAUUUCGGACUUACACCAGGGUCCUGUUUACAGUAUAGCGAUGUAGAUCAAUUUUAUGAAUUAUUUUACAUAUACCUCUUUUGCAAUUUUAUCGCAGGUUUAUUGUUUAGGUCUGUAUAGUUGAAAAUUGUUGCAUACAAUUAUGGAUGUUACUAAAUAAACAUGUUCUAAACAAUAA